AUGAACGAGAAGACAGUGGUUGUGAGCGUUCUUGACGCCCUUAUUGCGGUUUCGUCUCUCACUCUGCGCUACACGUCAAUUCUUUUUGUCCGAUUUCACCCACUGGGUAGACGAUACCUCGACCGAAUCUACUGGAGCUUUGCUAUUUUUCUCUUCGCUUUUAUUACCCAGCUUUUAGAAAUCGAGGCUUCGCUCUACUAUUGGCAUUAUUUGACGAUGCAAGACCAAUCUCUACGGCUCCCCGACCUCUCAUUCUCCCGGAUUGGCUUCGUUGACUCUUCAACAGCCCGAGUAGUGAUCCGCGUGCCCACCUCCGAUUAUGUGGACAUAACUAUUACUUCCAACUCGGACGGUUCGGUCGCAUAUGUUGAUCCAAUCUUGAUAAGCCCCGUUUACGACUACACAGGAACUUUUCUGAUCGACGGAUUGGCUCCCAACACGUCAUAUACGUACUCAACCAAUGCCAGCCAUACCGGAUCCUUUCGCACAUCCGUCUUGCCCCAAGACCUGAAACGAUGGAGUCUCAUUUCAUCGAGUUGCAUCAAGCCAUUCUACCCAUAUAGCCCCCUUGACCAUGGCUUACGUAUCAAGGGACUGGAGCACCUCGGAAGUUACAUCUCCACUAAUCCUGUCGAGAUGAUGCUUUUCCUCGGAGAUUUCAUCUACAUCGACCUUCCAAUACCAUUGGGCUGGGAUGCCAAGGCCUACUACACGGCCUACCGACAGGCUUAUGCUUCCCCGUCAUGGUUUUCCCAACUGCGAGCCAUCCCAUGGCUCCAUGUGUAUGAUGACCAUGAGAUCAUCAACGACUGGGCUGCCAACGAGACAGGGCUCUACGCAACUGCCAUGCAGCCUUUCUGGAGCUACCAAGGACAUGCUAACCCUCCAUCUGAGUUUGGUGCCGGAGAAACCUACUACGUAUUUCAGCGUGGAGGUGUUUCAUUCUUCGUCUUGGACACCAGGCGGUAUCGAUCAGACAACGCCAUGGCUGAUGGACCAGAGAAGACCAUGUUGGGCGAACAGCAGCGUGCGGCUCUUGUGCGAUGGCUCGAAUCUGAGACCGAUUACAAGGUAGUCGUGAGCAGUGUGCCAUUCACUAGAAACUGGAGAGGCCCAGACUCGGCGGAUAGCUGGUCUGGAUACCUCUGGGAACGCGAACAGAUUCUUGACACUAUGAAACGAAACGGCGGCACUAUUAUUCUGAGUGGCGAUCGUCACGAACAUGCCACAACAAAGUUCCCACCAAAGAAGGAGGGCGAGAUGCCAGUGAUUGAGUUCUCGACCUCACCAUUGAACCAGUUCUAUGAGCCCUUUGACCGAUUCCACAAAGAAAUCGAGGACACUGACAUCUCCAUUCACUCCCACCCGUGGGGUACGUCAAAGUUCGGGGUAGUCUCCUUUGAUACGACCAACAAGGAUCGGCUGCUUCUCCACUAUGAUCUGGUUGUUGAUGGGAGCACAGUGUGGCAGUACGAUUGGGAAGUCCAGCGCAAAUAG